CGCGCCCCUCCCCCAGGAGGAGCCCAAUGCAAGUGGCAAAUGCCAAUGCAAGCCUGGGCCCCCCUCCCCAAAUGCAGCGCCCCCGCGCGUGGCACUUUUCGUUUGCCGGUUCCGGAUCGGCCUGGGGGCGAGACCAGGGGUCACUCCGCGCGCGCUCUCUCCCAGCGGAGGGAGAAACCCGCCCCUCCGGCCAAUCCCGGCGGCCGCUCCGUCCGGACUUCUCCUCGGUGCGCCCGCGAGACCGGCUGCCGGGGGGUUGCAGCGUGCGCAGGCCGAGGCCGGAGCCGGCGGCGGCGGCAGGGAUGGAUCUGCGCCGGCCGGGCGUGGUGGUGCUGGUGGUCGUCCACUUGCUGAAUUGCUGGUUCGCAUCUGACUGGCUGAUCUUCAUGCUGCACAUUCUUAAAGGUUUCGUGGCUACUUUCAUUCUGUUAGAGGCCAAGGAGGCCUCUUAUAAUCCAUCCAACAACCUGAUUCCCUUUCUGGAUUUGAUUAGAGAUAUUGUGGUUGCUGUCAUGCUGGUAGUGACCAAGGUCACCUUCUAUGAGACGUCCAACAUUCUGAUUCCCAUUCUCGACAUUCUUCUAGAUAUCCUGAUUUCUCUCAUUCUGUUAAUGACCAAGGUCGUCUUUUACAAGAGAUCCCAAACUGAAGAAGGCCAUUUGAACGUCCUUGGAGAUAUACUGGCUGCUAUUAUCCUGCUUGAGGCCGGGACUGCCUUCUACAAGCCAUCCAGUUGGCUGAUUCUCCUUCUGGACAUCCUUAGAGGUGCCUUGGCUGCUGUCAUGCUGCUCGUGACCAACGCUGCCUUGUACCAGAAGUUUCAGACUGCCAUGUGGACUUCAAGUGGAAAGAAAAGCGACAUUAAAACAACAUGAAAAUAAAUAAAUAGUUCAAUAAGCAAUUUUCCAA